CUAAUUUGAUUCAUAAUGGGAAAGAACCUUAACUGCGCAUUGUUUAUAUUGUGCGUUGCUAGCAUCAUUCAAGUUAUGAAUGCUGAAUGUGGCGUGAAAAAAGCCUGCACAACUCAUGCUGAUUGUCCGGCUAAACAAAUCUGCAAUGGUGAAGAAGGCAACAAGCACUGUGAAAAAUGUCCAUGUAAAGAGAAGAGUCAAUGUUUUAUCACAAGCCCUACAACCACUAAAUGUGUUUGUGACGAUCCCAAUUUCACUGGCGAGUUCUGCGACUGUGAAGUAAAACAGCCAAGUUGUAGUCCGCAUAACAUCACAUAUAUAGAACUAAAUGAGUAUGAAUAUUCUGGAGGAUCAAACCAAGAGGUCACGGCAAGCAACAAAGACGGCUGCAAGGCAAAGUGCACACAAAGCAUUGACUGUAUGGUUUACCAGUUCGAUGGAAAUCUUAACAAGUGUUACCUCACAAGUCCGCAGCCAUACUGGAAAUUAUUUAAUUUUAUAGAACAAAUUGAAAGUGAACUAUAUCUUGGAAUUAAACAAGGAUGCACGGCAUAGAUUGUUAACGAAAAUCAUUUCUAAAAAAACGUUAUUUAUCACGAUACUCCGUCAUGUUUAUGCUGUAGUUAUUAGAAUAUACAGAGAUAUUUCAUUUU